ACUCCAACGGCCACAAGUAGGAAUCAAAAGGCGCGAGGGUCUUCUUCCCUUCCCCUUCUCCCAUCCAUUCCAACACCGCAAACCCAGAGGAGCAAACCCGCCGUUUAUUCAGAUUGCAACGGCCGGUCCAGACUAUACCAGACCAUCACUGGACGCAACAAGGCCAAGGCAAACAAGAGUAGAACCUCCAGAGAUCCCAAUCCAGCACAUUCAUCACUGUUAUCUCUUCCAGAUACAGUUUCUUGAUUGUGCCAUCUUUUUGGUCCAUCAUCAACCACUGUGCUUUUGACUACUCUGAAAUCUGAAUGCACUAGCACUGGCAUCAGUUCAUCCAAUGCUGUGGAUGAGGUUCUCGCAUCCGGGCAUGAUCUUGUUCCUAUCCAUGCUCGCCUAGCCUUGUACACUUGGAUUACUACUAUUUCUACUGUCAGCAUAGGCGGCGAUCGUUGCCUGGCCUCGUAGGAGAACAGAACAAAGGUCCUUCAACUUGAAGAGGGCAAAGGAUGCAGAGCAAUCUUGAGGUCUUCCUGGAGGCCGCUACUCCACAGUUGCGGUGGUGCUCGGCUCCAUUGGACUGUUUCGAAGGACCAAACAAUGUUUGGCAACUCGAUAAGAAAGAUGCGGUUGACUACUUCACCCUUGAGGAUCUGUGGGAGCAUUAUUCCGAGAGCAGCGUAUAUGGCCUCAGUGUCCCUGUCCGUCUUGAAACUGGCAAGAGCAUCACUCAGCAUUUUGUUCCAUACUUAUCUGCUAUUCAGAUAUACACCACCACCAGGUUUGUUCUUCUCGCAUUUAGUUUUUGUCAAUUGCAGGACACCCUGGAAAUUGACCAUUUUCGUGGCCCUUGGAUGGAAACACGCAGGAGCAUGGGAAGUGAGACUGAUUCUUGGAGUGAUGAUAGUACCGGUGAGAGGCUUUCUAGGUCUUGGGAUGAUGCAUCAGAUGAUCUGAGCUACGAUGAAUUCGAUUCUACUCCUGCAAAGCAACGUGCAUACUUGAAUUUCCAGUACAGCGAAUGGGAUCCACCCUAUGAGAGAGCUCCGCUGGCCGAUAAGGUGGCAGAGCUCGCUCAAGAUUAUCCGUGCUUGACAUCGCUGAAGAGCGCACAACUGUCACCUUCAAGCUGGCUAUCUGUAGCAUGGUAUCCUAUUUAUCAUAUCCCUGCUCAUGGAAACCUGAAGGGGAUCUCGACGUGUUUUCUUACCUAUCAUUCUAUUUCGUCAGUGUUCCAAGACAAGAUAGUGCAAUGCGAUGGAUCCCAUUCCGACAGCAGGACCGUGGUUCUUUCCCCAUUCGGACUGGCGACGUACAGAAUGGAAGGGAAGCUUUGGAGCGACCCUGCAACUGAUGGUGGUGGUGGAUCAUCCGACCUGUACUGGGCGGCAUCCUCUUGGCUGAAGCAAGGUUUUCUGUGGAUACUAGAACCAGAAAAAAUACCAAAGGUUACUAACGACCGCUCGUCAAUUGGAGGCCUCAAAGAGACGAAGGAGAAAAAGAAUAUUGUGGAGGUUUUCCCUGCAAAGAAGUUGGCUAAAAUCAAGGGACACUCACUCACUUUGUCUGGUCCUGAUGGCUCCACGGCAACCAUUGAGCUUCUGAAUUGCACAGUCCUUGCUGUUUCUGCAUCAAGUAUGCCCUCACGUAAAUGGGCUAAGAGGUAUCCAAUAAAAUUAGAAAGCAAGGAAUAUAAUAUUUAUAAUGGAAGCAAGGUGUGCUAUCUUUAUACUGACACUUCCUGGGAGAAGGAAUCAUGGUGUAAAGCACUUCGCAUUGCAGCUACUGUUGACAAGGAGAAAUUGAAUUGGCAUGCUAAGCUGAGUGAAGAGUUUCUUAAUUACAUAUCAUCGUUGAAUUCUGAAUACCCAUGUUUCUUAAAACCCCCAGUACUCUCUGGUGAGGACCAUGAGGACCAUGAGGUUAUGGACAGGACAACAAAGGCUGAUGGAUCUUCAAAAGUCCGCCUUUUCCUCAAGAAGUUGGCAAAGAAGGCGUCUACAAAGGCUCCCUUAGAGGGUAAAACAAGUUUGGGCUCCUCAGUGCAAGGAGAAAAGAAGAUACUUGAUAAAUUACGUAGCUAUCAGGGUGCACCAUUUAUUGAAGCAUUAAUAGGUCCACAGGAGGAUAAGUUCGGUUGCGCUUCAUUGCAAGAUACGGUGAAAGCUACCGCCCCAGCUUCUGCUUUGAAUCACACUGGACAGCUUUCAGCUUUGCCUGAUGUAAAUGCAGAUGAUCGAGUUGCCGAUGAAGGCACACUUUGUUGGAACCUACUAUCUUCACGGUUGUUUUUUGAUGCUAAAAUGAGUGAUGAGAUAAACAAGGCCAUUAAAGCACGCAUUCAGAGGACAUUGUCAAAUAUGAGGACCCCAGCUUACAUGGGUGAAAUUACACUUUCUGACUUCAGUCUUGGGAAACUUCCACCUUAUGUACAUGCGAUGAGAGUCCUUCCGCUGGACUUGAAUGAGUUAUGGGCCUUUGAAGUUGAUUUUGAAUAUUCAGGUGGAGUACUGCUGAACCUUGAAACAAGGCUCGAGGUUCAAGAACCAGAGUUGCAAAACGACAUAAUAAAAACUAGCUUUGGAGCAGACUCUGAUGAAGAGAUUAAUUCAGAUCUUCUUGAGAGUUUUGAACAGUAUGGUAACCAAUUUAGAGAUUCACAAAACUCAGUUUAUUCUGUGGAGGAAAAGGAUGAAGCAGAUGCAUCAAGUCAGUUGAAGAGUACUGGAUGGACAUCUGCUUAUGUAUCAAGAUGGAAGAGCAUACUGCAUUCAAUAGCUGAUCAUGUCUCACAGGUUCCACUUUCUCUGGCGAUAAGAAUUUCAUCUGUUCAGGGUAUCUUGCGGAUACAUCUGAAGCCCCCUCCUUCUGAUCAAAUUUGGUAUGGAUUUACGUCAAUGCCUGAUCUAGAAUGGAACUUGGAAGCUUCUAUUGGGGAUAGGAAGAUCACCAACAGUCAUAUUGCUACACUUAUUGGUAACAGAUUCAAGGCUUCGCUUCGUGAUAGCUUAGUACUUCCAAAUUGUGAAAGCAUUCCCAUGCCAUGGAUGUUGGCAGAAAAGGACGACUGGGUUCCUCGCAAGGACGGGCCUUUUAUUUGGCUUGAUCAUGAGCCCACAGCUAUGGCAUCAGCCCAGCCUGAGGAAGCUGACCUGAAGGAUGAUGCUAGCAACAAAAAGCCAAUUCCGAGUUUGCCCAAUUCGUCGGCUGGGAGCGACAAUUCACUGAAAACAGUGGUAUCCAUUGAUGAGCCGAAACAAGAGCCUGUGGUAGAAGCAUCAUCGCAUAGCCAGUCAUCGUUGGCCCCAGCUGGUGAAUCUUCUCAUACCGAUCCAAACGACGAGCUGAGGAAGCCACUGUUGCACACAGAAAAGCUUCGGGAAGAUGCCUCAGAAAGUAGAGUUGGUUCUCCCAUGUACACAUCUUUGAGGGCCGUGAUACCUGCGGGUGAGCCGUCAGCAUCCUUUGUUGCAGAGGACGCGAAGCAUAAAAGCCGCCGGCGAGCUCUUAUGAUGGAUUUCGGGAAGAGGAUGGGGGACAAGCUGGAAGAGAAGAGACGAACUCUCGAAGAGAAAGGGAGGCAUAUCGUGGAAAAGAUGCGAGAAAAUGCUAGGACGAACAGCUUGGAGAGGACUAUCAGCUAAUUAGGAUUUAGGAUGAGCUGCGGUAGAGUGCACUUAGACUUAUCCCUUUUUUCACCCCUUGUUUCAUUGAUUGGGAAAAUUGUGUAUAGCCUGAACUUGUAUGAUUUGUAGAGUGCUGCUAUUCUUGCAACAUUUACGAUUCCCAGUCCCUGGAUGCUUGUUUCUUUCUUUUUCAUAUUCCACAAGCAUACUUGUAUGCAACGGCAA